AUGGCGCGCCGCACCUACAACAUCGCCAUGGUAUGCGAUUUCUUUUUCCCGCAGCCAGGAGGCGUGGAGAGCCAUAUAUACCAGCUUUCGUCAAAGCUGAUAGACCGCGGACACAAGGUCAUUGUGGUUACUCACGCUUAUGAUGACCGCAAGGGCAUACGUUAUCUUACAAAUGGUAUCAAAGUCUACCAUGUCCCGUUCGCUGUCAUAUACCGUUCUGCCACCUUCCCAACCGUCUUCUCCUUCUUUCCCAUAUUUCGGAAUAUCAUGAUACGGGAACAAAUAGAGAUCGUACAUGGGCAUGCCAGUCUGAGCAGUCUGUGUCACGAGGCCCUACUCCAUGCUAGGACCAUGGGUCUGAGGACUGUGUUCACAGAUCAUUCCCUCUUUGGCUUUGCAGACGCCGCAAGCAUCCUGACCAACAAGCUGCUCAAGUUCAUUUUGAGCGACGUGGACCAUGUCAUUUGCGUUAGCCACACAAGCAAGGAGAACACUGUCCUACGCGCCGCCUUGGACCCUCUAAUGGUGUCUGUCAUUCCGAAUGCUGUGGUGUCUGAGAACUUCAGACCAUUAAACUACCCAACUGAAUCACCUGCUCCUCAAGCUGGGUUCAACCAGAUCCAAAUCCCCCCUCCAGCCAACCAGCUUGGACCACACGAUACAAUCAACAUUGUCGUCAUUUCCAGGCUGUUCUACAACAAGGGAACCGAUCUGCUCACAGCUUCGAUACCACGGAUUUUGGAGAACCAUCCGAAUACUCGCUUCAUCAUUGCCGGCAACGGACCUAAAGCUAUCGAUCUAGAGCAAAUGAUCGAGCAGAAUGUACUGCAAGAUAGAGUUGAGAUGCUUGGCUCAGUGCGCCAUGAACAAGUUCGUGAUAUUAUGGUCCGCGGCCACAUCUAUUUGCACCCGAGUCUGACAGAAGCCUUCGGCACCGUUAUCGUUGAGGCAGCCAGCUGCGGUCUGUACGUCGUGUGUACGGCCGUCGGCGGCAUCCCUGAGGUACUACCUAGUCACAUGACAGUCUUUGCCAAGCCCGAAGAGGAUGAUAUCGUCGUGGCGACGGGCAAGGCCAUCACAGCUCUCCGCGCAGGCAGAGUUCGUACGGAGAAGUUUCAUGACCAGGUCAAGGUCAUGUACUCUUGGAGCAACAUUGCGAAACGUACUGAACACGUCUAUCAUGGCAUAUCGGGUGGCAUAAGUGAGUCUGAGUUUUAUGGUUAUGAUGUGGGCGACCCAACGACUUGGGGCGCCACGAGUCGCUCUGCAGUGCGAAGCUUUGCUCUUAUUGAUCGGCUUAAGAGAUACUAUGGCUGCGGUAUCUGGGCAGGCAAGUUGUUCUGCCUGUGUGUUGUCAUUGAUUAUCUUCUAUUUAUGUUCUGCGAGUGGUUGUGGCCAAGAGAACAGACCGAUAUCGCCGCCGAAUGGCCAAGAAAGCACUUCGAAGAAAGCGAUGAAGAAUGA